AUGCCUGUGGCGGUUGGUGGCGGUUCCCCGGUGCCGUAUUCGCCGCGGCCGUUUGGCGUGGCGUUAGCUGCGCUUGCCUCGCCGGUACAGUCGGCGCCGGUUGCCCCUGUUGCGGCAAUGUCUGUCGUGGGUUCUCCUGCUCACGCGUGCCCCACGGUAGUCGACUCUGGACGAGAGUCGGCGGGUGUGGCCGUCCAACUGCGCGUGGUGGCGCCGGCGCCUGUGUGUGCCUUCGUUCUGGCGGCUGCGGCUGACGUGGCGCCUCUCCCUGCUCCUGGCACGACGCCCUCUCUCGCGCCUCACGUUUUGGUGUUGUCGUCGCCUGCUGAGACGGCGGCUGUUGCUAGGGUGGCACCUGCGUCUAGCGUGGCGCCUCCUCCUGUGCCUGUGGCGCUGCCUGUGGUGUCUCCUGCUGCAUCCCUUAGUGCACCGGGCGGGGAGUCUGCCCCUUCGCUCCCCGCAGCUUCCGCGUCUGCCCAUGCCCUUCCUUCGGCUGUGCAGCAGCGUAACUCCCGUCCACAUUCGCCCUCCCCCCAAGAUGAGCAGGGUGUGUCUCGUCGACGGUGUGAUUCCCCUCGCCGACGGCAGCCGCAGGCGAACUGGCAUAGCCACCAGAGUGGUUGGAGGGGAGGUCGCGGUCACGGGCGUGGCGGCUGGCUGGACGUGCCAGCAACAAUCGCGGACGUGCGGCAGAUUGUGAAUGAGGCGUUUCGCGACGGUCAGGCCGGCCCGGCGAGUCAAAACAGCUCGCGACGUGCGGCUCCCACGCCGGCUGCUCCCCUUCCGGUCGCUCGCCCCGUGGUUGCUCCGACGCCCGCGGUGUCACUGCCGUCGGCCCCUGCUCGUGGUGGUGGGGCUGGACUUCCUCGACUACAGCUCCCUUCUCUGGCAGAGGAGCUCCUUCCCCCGCGCGCCGAGCUCCCCCUCCGGUCCUCCUAA